AUGGCGACACAGUUAUUACCAACGAUAACAUUAACACCAGAUGAAGAAAAAGUCCGAACCCUACUCGUCGAUGUCGCGACUUUUAUCGAUUCUAGAAAUUCAGAGUCUACUGGUACUAGCAGUAGUAGUAGCACGGCGACACCAACAGUUCUCCGUAUAACCGGCGGGUGGGUACGGGAUAAACUUCUGAACGGGAAAUCCCACGAUAUAGACAUCGGGAUCAACAACAUGACGGGGUUUGAAUUCGCAUCACAUCUGAAUGAAUUUUUGACGAAUAAUAUUGAGAAAUAUAAUAUUCCUGCGAAAUCGAUUCAUAAGAUUGAAAGUAAUCCCGAGAAGAGCAAGCAUUUGGAAACAGCGACGACGAAGAUUUUGGGGUUGGAUAUUGAUUUUGUGAAUUUGAGGUGUGAGAGUUAUUCUGAUGAUAGUCGGAUUCCGAAGAUGGAAUUCGGUACUCCUCAAGAAGACGCCCUCCGUCGUGAUGCCUGCGUAAACGCCCUAUUUUACAACUUAAUGACCCAACAAGUCGAAGACUUCACCGAACGUGGUCUGAAAGACCUCCAAAAUCGUAUCCUACGAACACCCCUCCCACCUCUUCAAACCUUCAAAGACGAUCCUCUCCGCGUUUUACGUCUCAUCCGUUUCGCCAGCCGUCUUUCCUUCACCAUAGAUCCCAAAGCCGCAGAGGCGAUGCAACAUCCCAAGAUUAAAUUCGCAUUAAAGCAAAAGAUUAGUAGAGAAAGAGUUGGAGUUGAAGUUGAGAAGAUGUUAUACGGAGCACGACCCUUCGAAGCGUUAGAUCUUAUUGAAAAGUUAGGAUUGGGAGAUGCUAUUUUAGAAAUACCGAAUUUAAACGAGGAGAAAUUGGAGGAGGUUAGAAGUGUAGAUUUAAGGAGAGGGAUAGAAACGGUUAAAUGGUUGUUUGGGGAGUUUAGGAGUAAAGAAGGGUAUGAGGCAACUCGGGGACUCGCAGGUUCCGAGAGGGAUGAGUAUAUACUAUGGAUCUUUGCAGCUACGAUGCCGUGGAUUAGGGUUUUCGUUCAGGAUAAGAAGAAAGGGAAAAUCAAUGUGGGUGUGGUGGCUGCGAGAGAUGGAUUGAAGCUGAGUAACAAGGAUUUCGAGAGCUUGUCGAAAAUGGCGUAUGCACUCAAUGGGGUCAAAUAUACGAUACGAAACCCUUCGGGACUCACGAGGAGUGUUUUGGGAAAAUACCUAAGAACGAUGGGGUCCGAGUGGAGGAUUCAGGUAUUGGCCAGUUUGUUGGCGGAGUUGGUUGAGGCGAGAUCCCAGGGGGUUGAACUUGGGAGUCAUGGGGAUUUGGAGAUUAUUAGUGGAUAUGAAUCGUUUUUGAAGCGGGUUUAUGAUGAGGAUUUGGGAGAGGUGUGGGAUUUGAAGUAUUUGUUGACGGGGAAUGAGGUGAAAGAUGCAUUGAAGCAAAAACCUGGGAAAUGGAUGAAAACGGCGUUAGAACAGGUUAUGGAAUGGCAAUUGGAUAACCCGACAGCUACGAAAGAAGAUGCAUUGGAAAACAUCAAAACGAUAGUCGAUGUGCCGUUCAACUAA